AUGCCGCCUCGCGCCUCCUUGACCUCCUCCUUCUCCGUGUCGGAUGAGAACAACGUUGUCGUGUGUCCGCUGAAGAACCACGAUGGCUCGGGUUGUAGGAAGCGCUGCACCGGCGAGAAACGAUAUCGCUCCAUGCAGGAGCACAUCCGCCGGGCGCAUCCUGAGCACUACAUCUCAAAGCUGCCGGCCACCGAGGAGAGCUUCACAUUGAUGGUCAACACUCCACCCUCGGAGCGACCUCCCCCCCCACCGCCAAAUGCGUCGUCCGGAGGCCCGCCAGGUUACGCCAACGACAUCAAUGCCUUCUACAACGAUGGCUACAGCUCCACGACGCCGCGGACCUCGGACGAGAUGCGUCGAGGUUCGCUGCUACCCGCCGCGAGCGCAGCAGCAGCCCUAGCAGCACUACACACGCACCGCCCAGACUUCGAUUGGGACUCCGAGCCAGACGCCUACUCUGAGCCAGAGUCGAAGGUCUAUAAGCCUCGAGCGCGAUUCGCUCCCGUCACACAGGAACAACACUUCAAUGCUGACGAACCAUACUACACUUCAGCUGCACUACAGCGCGAGUUAUUGCCUUCGUCGUUAGCGCGGUCACCUCCUGGCCGCUCAUCGACGCUCCCUCCUAUUCCUCGCUCUAUAAAACCUAAUCGGCCCCGCAAGAACUCUGUGGGGCAGAAUGCUCGCAAGCCAAAGCAUGAACGAACAAAAUCCAAAGAGCACGCUCGAAGAAUGAGCCAUGAUAGAAAGGCAUUUUCUGCCGAACCACAAACAGCUGCAGCUAUAUAUGGCAAGAGGUGGGAGGAUCUGAUCGAUGCAGCAGCUUCAGCAACUGAAGAGGACAGCCGAGAUCUUACACCUAUACCUGGCUCGCCCCACCACUCCCCACACAUGCUUAACCGAGCGUCUCUGCCUCCAUUCGUUGCGUCUCAAUUCCAAUCAUACACCGCAUCUCCGUUGCAGAAGACACUGACGCCGCCGCCACCGGAACACAAUGAUCUCCAACCAUUCCCUUCCGUCGAAUCGUCUAUUGAGUCAAUCCAGUCAGGGCAAAAUUUCCACAUGACAGCUCAGGGUCUAUCAGAUUCUUCCCCCAUGUUCCUACAACCUGUACAAAUAUACUGUGCAGCUUGUCGACGACUAUCCAUUCUCAAGGAAAGCUAUGCUUGUACAGAAUGCAUAUGUGGACUCUGUCAAGAUUGUGUAGACGUAUUAGUAAGCGCACAGAGCCGAGGACGCAUUUCACGAUGUCCGCAAUGUGGUGCAAUCGGCGGGAAGUUUAAACCGUUUCAACUCGACAUAAGAUGA